AUGGUGUUAGAUUUUGGCUUUGGUUUUGUUUCUGGCGUAACCGGUACAAUUGCUGGCUAUCCAUUCGAUACAGUUAAGGUUCGUCUACAAACGCAAACACUAAAUCAUCGAUUAUAUUCGGGUUCAUUAGAUUGCUUUAUCAAAAUAGCAAAACAAGAAUCAAUAUUAGGCUUUUACAAAGGCAUGGCAUCACCAAUGUUUGGUGUUGCAAUUAUAAAUGGGAUUGUUUUUUCCAUACAAAAUAUUUCAAAAGGAUUAUUUGAUAAUCCAGAUACAUAUUUUUCAUUAGCAGUAACGGGUGCUAUUGCUGGUUGUGUACAAUCAUUUAUUUGUUCACCAAUUGAACUUGUUAAAACACGCUUACAAAUGCAAGGCAUUGGGCAACAAAGAAAACUAUUUGCAUUAUCAACACAUUUAUAUAAAGGUCCUAUUGAUUGCAUAAAAAAAUCUUAUAUUCGACAAGGUUUUCAGUAUGGUGUGAUGCGUGGCUUAUCAAUGACACUUGCACGUGAUAUUCCAUUGUUUGCUGCUUACUUUCCAGCAUGGCAAUUCUUUGUUUUAUAUUUUUCGCCAAUUGGUAAAGAAGCUGACAUGUCUAUGCAUAUGAGUUUAGUAGGAGGUGCUUUUACGGGCAUUGCUGCUUGGGCUGUAUCAUAUCCAUUUGAUGUCAUUAAAAGUCGAUAUCAAGCAGCAAGAGAUCAUGCAUAUAAAAAUGUAUGGGAUUGUGCAGUUAGAUCAUUCCGUAUGGAAGGAUGGCAAGUAUUUACACGAGGAUUUUUACCGUGUACACUUCUUGCUAUUCCAACAAAUGCGUUUACCUAUCCUGUGUAUUCUUUUUUAAAACAAACAUUUGACACAACACUCGAUGAUAAUGAUGAAACGUCGAUACCAGCAAAAGUUGCCACUCAAUCGAAACCAAUGUCUACCACUAAAACUUUAAUUCCAGCUAGUGCUUCGAUUCAAUCAAUUUAA